GGAUUUCAGUAGGUAUGAUCAUGGUAUGACGAGUUGCCUAAAAAUAGUUUGAGAUUAUUUUAAAAGUUUUCUGAGUUUUCUCACAACCUUCUAUUAUAAAUAAACCAUAAUAAACUUCAAGAUAUCAAAUCAAGGAUGUACUAUUAUUAGUUUGUUGCUGUUAUUUGUUAAGGAAAUGUUUCUUUGUUAAAGAAUUUUACUAUAAUGAUUGUAAACUUGUAAAAGAUGCAAAUGAGUUAUUCUCUGUACUUUCUAUUCUUGUUAAUAAUUCCUACUCACUGCCUUUUGCCCCCUGAUGACAGUAGUUGUCACAACCAUUGUUUUCAUCAGCCUUCCGAAUCAUGCCCACCAGUAACAAGUCCCUGUAAGUGCCAGAGAUUAUCAAACUGUAAUAAUGCCGCAGUUUGUUGUAAUGUUAACGCCUUUACUUUAACUGAAGGCCUAGCCUGUGCCAAUAUUAGCUCAACGACAGAUAUAAAAGCUUUACACAUACGUAAUGCUACAUUCGAGUCGUUCAAUCUUACCGUGCACCAGCAAGUUUGGAGAGUUCUUCUGUAUAUGACCAUUACCAAUGGCAACAUUACGCGCAUCGACGGCAAAUUGCCAAAAUCCACUAAAAUAUCCUGUUUGGAUUUGUCUUCGAAUCAUAUUAACUCGAUCGAAGAACGAGCACUGGGACAGUUGUAUAAUUUAAGCUUUCUCAAUUUAUCUCACAAUAAUUUAACGCAAGUGCCUAGUAUUAGAAUGGAAAACGUCACCGUGGAUAUAUCCAAUAACACUAAUUUGGCGUGCUCAAAUUUGAAAGUAAAAUUAGGCAACUCAAAGUUGACAUUUACCAAUGAAAAUGAAACGUUUUGUAUCACCUCUAAGGAUUUCGCAUGGUUUCAAACAACGGCCACUUUGCCCUUCUCUCAACUUAAACGAGUUCACGAACUACAAAAAAAUUGCGUCCUCAAUUGUACCUGCAGCAUGUAUCGACUGAAUCUGUCCCAAGUAAAACUUGCAUCUUUUGAAGUGGCUGUGAAUUGUUCAAAUAAAAAAUUUUCGGCCUUACCAGUGCCACUACCGCCUAAUACCAUUUUCUUGGAUGUUAGCAGUAAUAAUAUAACAUCCAUAAAAGAAUUGAAAAGUGAAUCUUCCUACGAAAACUUACGUUAUUUUUAUGCAGACAAUAAUCAGAUAUCUUCUUUAAAACCUUUAGAAGGAACUAAGUUUAUCAAUAAUUUUGAUACACUAAGCCUACAGAGAAACAAAAUUAAAUUGUUAGAUACCUAUGUUUUGGAUAACAUACAAUUUGAACGGAAUUUCAACCAAAGAAGAGUCCGACUAGGUUUCAACAAUUUACACUGUGACUGCAGUACUAAGAAGCUGAAGGUAUGGCUUUUAUCAAAAUUGAGUCAUAUACCUGAUCAUGACGAUAUACGUUGCGAGAAUAUGAAUGCCAAGGUUACUGAGUUGGAUCCAUCGAAAUUGUGUCAGAGCCCUCAAGAUUGGACUGAUUACAUCUACUAUAUUAUUACAGCAGAAGUUUUACUAUUAGUUGGAUUAAUCGUCAAAGUAUCAUAUGAUUACUGGGUGUUUAAAACUGCUGGAUAUUUACCAUGGCCAGCCAGUAAGAUGCCCAGGUUACCGUGUGACUGGUUGUGUGAAUAAAAGACUUGUUAAAUUAAACUGGAGUUAUAAAAGUAAAUAAUGUAAAUUUUAUUGACAAUCGUAGUUUAAUAUACUUUUUCAUUUUUAAAAUAUUUGUUAAUAUAAGUAGUAGUAAUGUACUCCUUCAAACUUGGAAAAAACCGAAAAAUUGUGUAGGUUGUCCAAAUUUUAAAACUUCAGAACAAUAAGAAGUAAAGCUGAUGUUAGUGAUAUUCCUAAUAAGGAACAGAUUAAUACACAAGACACAUUUU